AUUGUCCGAUAGGCUACGUUUUGUUGACAAUAGCACUCUACCAUAGAAUAAAUAAUGUUGUAGAUAUCAAACAUAUCCAGUAUGUCUAAUUAUUUGAACGAAACGCAUUUGGGGGUUUUGCUCAAAUGCUUAGAAUGUAGGAUUUUAUGCUUUUUGUGUGUGGAUUAGCAGGCUAAGUUAGUGUCAGUUUACUUGCUGAUAACAACGGGGGCUUGGACGUCAUUGGUUCUGAAGGUGGCCCUCCGGAGUCUUCUGAACCACGUAGAUCAUUUAUAACUGCUCCCAAAGAGCUAAGCCUAUGCCAAACAGCCCCGAACCUGCCCUGUCACAAACGCCUGAUCCCUGGGAUUAGAUGCCGAGCUAAUUUCGCGCUUUCUGUGGGGUCUUCAAUUUGCAGAGCUCGGAUCCGGAGAGAUAGGACUUUAGCAGACAUAACACCGAAUGUUUGGCUGUGGCGUUUACUCCAGUCUUGUUGGGGUCGUCGGGGAUUAGUGAUUAUUUUCGUCCUUUUUACGCGGGGAAACAUGUCAGUGGCUGAACAAUCCUGCCGGGAUCCUAAUGGACUUCGACAUGCUCAUAAACCAAAAAGUGUUGGGGGAUCUGACCGUAAAGACAACGAAAAGUCUCACCAGAAUCAGACAGACGAGUCCAACGCGGAGGACGGGUCACUGAAGAAGAAGCAGCGCCGACAGCGGACGCACUUCACCAGCCAACAGCUGCAGGAGCUGGAGGCCACUUUUCAACGGAACCGCUACCCAGACAUGAGCACGCGAGAGGAAAUAGCUGUGUGGACGAACCUCACGGAGGCGCGCGUAAGGGUAUGGUUUAAGAACCGCCGGGCCAAGUGGCGGAAGCGGGAGCGCAACCAGCAGGCGGAGCUGUGCAAGAACGGCUUCGGCGCCCAGUUCAACGGACUCAUGCAGCCGUACGACGACAUGUACUCGGGCUACUCCUACAACAACUGGGCCACCAAGAGCCUGGCCAGCAGCCCGCUGUCGGCCAAGAGCUUCCCCUUCUUCAACUCCAUGAACGUCAGCCCGCUGUCCUCGCAGCCCAUGUUCUCCCCGCCCAGCUCCAUCUCCUCCAUGAACAUGGCGUCCUCCAUGGUGCCCGCCGCGGUGACGGGCGUGCCCGGCGCCGGCCUGAACAACCUGAACGGCCCCGCCCUGAACUCGGCCGUGCCCGCCGGCGCCUGCCCCUACGCCACCAGCGCCAGCCCCUACAUGUACAGAGACACGUGCAACUCCAGCCUGGCCAGCCUGCGGCUCAAGGCCAAGCAGCACGCCAACUUCGCCUACCCGGCGGUGCAGAACCCCGUCUCUAACCUAAGCCCCUGCCAGUAUGCGGUCGACCGGCCGGUAUGA